GAAUACCGGCGUUUGUAGCUGCUGCAUGGGCUAUAGUGAAAGGUGCUGCUGGUGGAGCUUCUGACGAACCGUUGGCCCAGAGAGGAUGUCCAUGGCAAAAUAAGGACUAUUAUGACUAUGUCUUUAGCUGUCCUGUGAUGUUGGUGCUACUGAUCAAUAUCUUUUUCCUAGCGAAAAUAAUGUGGGUGCUGAUUACAAAGUUACGAGCUUCGAACACAGUCGAAUCCAGGCAGUACAGGAAAGCUGCUAAAGCUCUUCUUGUGUUGAUACCACUUCUGGGAGUUACAUAUAUUAUAGUGAUCGCUACUCCAAGUGAUCCAGUGGCAGAAGUAGUGUUUGUCUAUAUACAAGCCACAUUGCUCUCAAUACAGGGUUUUGUUGUUGCCGUGUUAUACUGCUUUCUAAAUGGAGAAGUUCAAAAUUCCCUGAAACACCAUUUGGAAAGAUGGAGGACACAAAAAUCUGUUGGCAAAAGUCCACGACAUUCUGUGGGGCAUCUCUCUCCACAUCAAGGUGAAAGCAUGGCUUUAUACAGCACUAAAAGUGUCCGUGACAGUUGCACCAGUUUUACGACAACGACAACAGUCGUCAAUGUUCCAAACCGAUCGCCGAAUACCAGACGCAGUGGUUCUUCUAAUCAUCUUGCUGUCCAAGAUGAUAUGUUGUAAAAUGCAUCUUUUCUGAAGCAUUUCCAUUGAAGUAAUACAGUUUGAUGUAUGAUUCUCCUAGCUGAAAAGCAGAUUAUUUUCCUCCACGAAACUAGCUUUGAAAUUGGUGUUUUCCAAAAAGUUAUUAAUGAGAGAAUCAGUACUACUUUCUUCGUGUCACGAUAGAAUUUGUAAUCAUAUCUCUCAGAGUUAUAAAUUCUUGUAGUAUAUUCUAUAUCUCAAGUAAAGGUGCUACCUAAAUCCCAGCAAGGACUUCACAUACGUCCAAUUUUAAUAUUUUCUCCACGCGACUGUAAUAAAUUCAAUCUAAAGUAAGUUUAAAAAAUAAAAUCUCGUUCGUUUGCUUAAAUUGUUGAGGCUUAAGUACUACUGUAUUUUUACUGUAUUGGACACCAUAGCUACACUGGACAAAAGCGUUUUGUAAUGUAACUGAACUGGACCCUGAAAUUGCUUGCUACACUAAAUUGAUAGAUUGCUAAUUGAGGUUUAUACUUCCGUUAAAAGAUAAAAGUUAUUGAGUAUUGAAACCAGCACAAAAUACAUAAAUCAAAUGUUCAGAUUUUUUUGAAAUUACAACUGACCAUUUCACAAAUUUGAUAAAAUUAUUCUUUAAACUGAAGCAGCUUACUACAUAUAAAUAUUCUUUGUAAUCGUCGUAAUCAGAUCGUGUUACGCAUGCAUGCUGCAAUUAUUUCCAUGAGUUUUAAAGGAAUUUGCAAAAAUAGAAGACUGAAAAAAGUACUAUCUCUUCAAUAAUGACUGUUCUAUCUUCUGUACAAUUAGAUAACAUAGAAGCACUGGUCCUAGAGUUUAUCGCAAACGUUCAUUUAGAUACUUGUGCUACGAAAUAGCUGCUGAUGAGAUAUUUGAAUAUUUUCCACAUUAAUGGUCACGAAAAAUGUGUUCGAUCAUAAGGCCUAUGUGAUGAAGAAAAUGUAAUUUGAAGGCAUUCAGUUUUUAAAUCAACAACUUGUUUUCUAUUCUUUAAUUUUUCUGGUUUUUAUGACUGAUAUUUUAUGACGAAUGCAUUUGAAACCAAAUGCAAUAUUAUGCUGUUAUAGACUGUCUUACGCACGAUGCAUCCAUUAACCAUAAACUCUUAAAGAUGUGUUUUACGCUCAUUUUAAGCUAUUAAAGUUUUCGUGAAAUGUCUCAAGCUAUUUCAAAUGAAAGAUAAAAAUAGUAGUGCUUUUGCUUGCUGAUUAAAUUUACAUUUAUAUAUGUCUUUUAUAUGUGUCACUUUUAAAAUGUAUAUUUCUUAAUCCAUUGUAUGCCCAAUUUUAAUUUUAAUUUCUCAAUAUAUAUUUACAUUGUUACAGCUCAAUGAUGUCCAUCAGUAUUGUUUAAUAAUAUAAUCAUGAUUAGUUUAAGUCCGUUUUUUACGUCCAGUUUUACAUUCAGUCUUCUUUUUAACCGAGAUUAUACAGCCGGAAUAGCAGAACAGGAUUUCCAAUUCCGGAUGUUCAGACUCAUUAUGUGACACAUUUAGAAAGCACACAGGUGCAAAAAUUCUUAGAACUUUUUGGAUCCUUUCAUUUUCUGAUGGAAACUAUAAUUGCUGAUAUGAAGUCUAUUAAUGACAAAGAAACAUCCUCUUUUAAUUUAAAACGUUGGCUCCAUCUUAAGCGAAAAAUCUUGCAUUGUUUGUCACGUUAAGGAAUCAGGAUAUACGAAACUUUUCAGCUACAAAAUUUCUAGAAUGUUUUGUAUGUAAUAAUAAAGAUAGAUCUGCAGUUUUUCAUAUGCUGUGUACAAAGACGAUACGAAAUGAUUUAAGCUAAUGCAACGGUUAUGAAAAUACGUAGGUUAAUAUUAAAAUAUUCGUGAACGAAACGACGAGAAAUAUUAUAUUCUACUUCUGGUGCUAGAUCAUGGCUUUAAUGCUCGGUUGUGGAUUCGCAUUAUCUCAAAACAUACCCACUGCAAAAUCAUCUCACAGUACACAUUGUCUUUUCCCAUCUUGUUUGGUGGCAAUAAAGGAAACGAAUAAUGUUAGCACAUUAUCAAAUUCAACUAUAUUUAAGUAUAAUGUCAGUUAGAGAACUUGAAUCUGUCUAUACUUCUUAAGCAACAUUUUCAGUCUACUACAAUUAUAAUUAUUCUAAAUAAAUAAAAAUUAGUUUAAUAAACGGUUAAUUAUUUUCUA